AAUGGCGAAUCUCGUGGAGGCGACUACCCAGCAGCAGUUUGAAGAUUUCUUAGCCAAAGCUGGAAAAUGCCUGACCGUGGUGCAUUUCCAAGCGGCGUGGGCUCCUCAGUGUGGCCAAAUGAACGAGGUGAUGGCCGAACUAGCCAAAGAACAUGCGCACACUACGUUCGUGAAGCUGGAGGCGGAAGCGGUCCCGGAGCUGUCGGAGAAGUAUGAAAUUUCCUCCGUCCCCACUUUCCUUUUUUUCAAGGGGGGAGAGAAAGUGGACCGCCUGGACGGGGCUCACGCUCCGGAACUGACUAAGAAGGUGCAGCGCCUCGCGGUGAGCGAGGGUCCCGGUGGAGCCGCUGAGGGCAGCGGUGCAGAUCUGAACCAGCGGCUGAAGAAGCUGAUCAACGCCGCCCCCUGCAUGCUCUUCAUGAAGGGGUCACCCCAGGAGCCCCGCUGCGGAUUCAGCCGACAGAUAGUGGCGCUGCUGAAAGAGCACAAAAUCCAGUUCAGCAGCUUCGACAUCCUGUCCGAUGAGGAGGUCCGACAGGGGCUGAAGACCUACUCCAACUGGCCCACCUACCCCCAGCUGUAUGUGAACGGGGAGCUGGUGGGAGGACUGGACAUAGUGAAGGAACUGGCUGAGUCCGGAGAGCUGGAGAACACCUGCCCGAAGGCUGUCACCUUAGAGCACCGACUGAAGACCAUCAUCAAUCAGAGUCCAGUCAUGCUGUUCAUGAAGGGCAACAAAGAGGCUGCCAGAUGUGGCUUCAGCAGGCAGAUACUGGAGAUCUUGAACGGUACCGGGGUGGAUUAUGAUACCUUUGAUAUCCUGCAGGAUGAAGAAGUGCGGCAGGGGCUCAAGACUUACUCUAACUGGCCAACCUACCCUCAGCUCUACGUGAAAGGAGAGCUUAUCGGUGGUUUGGACAUUGUCAAGGAGCUGAAGGAGAGUGGAGAGCUGGUAUCAGUCCUGAAAGGGGAGUCGUAGAUGGAUCUGCAUUGGCCAUCUGAGGGAGGGAACAAGAAGCUGCUGCACAUACCCAGAUUAGCUCCAGUAACCCUGCAGAAGGGUCAAAAUAUUCUCUAGUAACUAAUUGUAUUGUAGCAGGGGGAUAGAUUCACUCUAAUUACAGACAGAAAUGAAACUGCUGUCAACAGUAAGAAUUUACAUCUGUUUUUCUUCCUGGUAAUGAUUGUUACUGGAAAGUUGGGCUACUAGAAAUUCUUGAAAAUACAUCUGAAGAAUUGUUUAACGCGAAAUUUAAGUAAAUACUUCUUGCUGUCUGAUUCUUGGAAAAAUAAUGACGUUAGUUCACAAUAUCUGCAUUUCUUGGGAUUAUAGCUUUCCUUCCAGCCUCACGCUUCAGUAUGUUAUAUAAACUUUUAUUUUCCUACCCAGGCCAGCUGCUCACUGUUCACACCGUCCUGUCUGCACAUUCUCUUCCAAGCUGUUUUUAGCUCUGUGCAAGGACCACUCUGGUAACAAGCUAUGCGUGUUUGUCAGUAAGAUUACGAUUAAAAAUUAAAACAA